CGAAUUCUAAUCAAACGAUUCAAACUAACACAACCGACUCGCGUCCCCCGUACGUCCCCGCACCAGUGCAGCGCCUCGCCACCAGCCAUGUCAUGGUCGGGGCCAGAACUGGCGAAGUGGUCGCGUGACGGCCAGGAAGCGGAGCAGGAGCCCGAGUCGGUGCCUCGUCGCAAGUCAUGGUCGGCGCCAGAACUGGCGCAGUGGUCGCGUGCCGGCAAGGAAAAGGAGCAGGAGGAGCCCGAGUCGUCGGAACCUCAGCGCAAGUGGGUGGCCCUCGUCUCCGUUGUCGUCCUCCCCAGCAACGAGGACGAGCGGGCCCAUGAGAUCAUCCCCGGCACCGACAUGCUGAUGCUCGACCUCAACGACCCGCCGCUGCCCUCCUACCUCGUGCUUCACCCCCGCGUCGCCCCCAAUCCCAGGCGCACCAACGAGCCACUGUCCGCCUACAUCCUCGCCGCCGACCGCUCCGGCUGCAUCCUCCUCCAGGUCGUCGAAGGCAACCGCCCGGACUUCUUCCUCUGCAACACCCACACUCGUACCGUCACCAUCCUCCCCCCGGUGUCCUCCUAUACCCAGGCCAACGACGUGGGUCUAAUCUACCUCCACCUCAGCAUGGGUCUAAUCGCCGACCCGCAGCACAGCGGCCACUACAUGGUCGCCCAGCUCCACCCCACCACCUCCUACUCCCAGCCCAACAAGCUCCUCUACUACUCCACCGCCAAAUGCCGGUGGUUCGCCAGGAACCUCAGCCGGGCGCGGCAACAGGUCCGCAUGCGCAACCCCAACUCCGAGAUCGGAGUGCUCGCCCACGACGGACGCCUCUGGUGGUUCUCCCCCGCCUAUGGAGUGUUCUGCUGCGACCCCUUCACGCCAGUCCCCGAGAGCCCCGCGCUGCGCUUCAUCCCGCUCCCGGCCGGCUCCGAGAUGGCCGGCCACGUCGCCUUCGACCGCGUCAUCAAGCCCCUCGUCCGAAAGCGCCGCUGCGUGAGGCCCAGUGAGGGCAAGCUGCGCUUCGUCGAGAUCCGCGGCCUCUCCUACAAAGUGCCCGUCGACGAGUCUAACCCCACCGUAUGGAUGUGGACGCUCGUUGACCCGGAGGUCCCGAACCCCUGGACAUUCGAGUACGAGGUGGCCUUCGCGGAAAUCUGGGAGGACGAGACCUACGCCGCCGCCGGCCUGCAGCCGGGCGAGGUGCCCGACGUCGCCCUCGUCGACCCCAACGACCACUACGUUGUCUACUUCUUCCAGGGCUCGAAGCUCUUCGGCCUGGACCUGCGCGAGAAGAAGGUCGUCGGCUGCGAGGAAUGGCUGAUAGACCGCGAUCGACUCGAGUACCAAUCCUCCCGCCCCAUCGUCGAUGCCUGGGAGCUGUCGCCACCACCGCCAUCGCCACCCAUUCUUUCGGGCGAUGACGACUAUUCGACAGACGAUAAAGAUCAGUCGGAACUGCCUUGCACCGAGGAAAAGAAGCGCCAGGUGGCUGAGUCUGUUGAAUCUUGGCUAAACCAGGCCCGGUUGGCGUGGACGAGGGACGCGGACGUGGACGCGUCCAACUGGAGGACAUGGAAGAUGGCGCCUCCACAAUCUGAUGAAUCAUCUGUUGACGCUGGUGGCCAAACUGAAGAUGAGCCGGAGAUACAGUUACCCCCUUCCCCGUAACUAGCAGGUGAGGUGAGAGAGACAGAGAGAGCCCAGAGCUCGAUUCGUCGUGUCAACACAUGUGGAUGCUUCUUUCGAUCUUGCGUUAUAGUAGAUCAGCCUGCAGCUUUGUGUCAGUCAUCUGAGUUGAUGAAAGCCAACGAACAAUCACACUGCGACCGUUGUUAUCAAGAUGCGCGUGCAGUUCCCCAGUACUGGAAUGCCAGUCCUGUUGUUACUUACCUUUUUUUUUUCUGUGAAUGGAUUGACUGUGUCUGUUGGGCUGUGAGAACCUGCAAUGUGUUGCAAGUCGACCAGCUGAUACAAAUGGUAUUCAGUUCUGACUCUCCGUGUUC